UCACGGACAACGAUUUGGCCAGCGUGGCAAGUUGGCGACUAGCAAUGGCACAGAAUGGCACGCAAGUAUGCCCGUGAACAACCCGAUCCCCACGAGAUUGAUUUAUACGAGAAGCUUCUUUCGCGUGAAGGAUUGGCCUGUGGUGUGUUGGAUCCAGACUUUGCAGAUCCAUUGGAUGGGAAAUUGACUUUGGAGAGGGGGUUUCGCUACACUUUGCAGCUGGAUUGUGAGGAUGAGUCCUUAAAUCUUUGUCGUGUAGUUGGUUCCAUGCGCUGUGAGCCACGGGAUGGUGUGAGCGGCUUUGGUUUUGCGCUUCUGGAAGCAGAUCUGCCCGGGCAAAAGGGUUCUUCUCAGGAGAUCCGUGUUUUAGUCUUUGCAGAGGAAUGCAAUCGCAACGCCCUACUGGCCUUGUUGGAGCAUUUGACCAACCAUCGAUCCUUCCGGCGACGUGGCGCCUCGUUGCUGGCGUGGCUCCCCACCGGCUGCAUGGCGGGUUGCCUCUCUGGGUGCGUGGGACGUGGGAAGGCACCAGGCCUCCCGCAUGAGUUCUCCGAUAAUUCGCCUAGGCUUCGGUCAGAAUCUUCCUUCGCCCGACACCGCCCAGAGAAGGAAGCGGCCAGUGCACACUUAGAGGGGCUGAAGGCUUAUGCCCGACAACUGUGGGAUAGGCAGACGGUCACUGGAUCCCUACGCAAGAGUGGCAGCCUUGGCGAUCUCUCAACGGCUCUCAGGCAGUACAGCCGCAGGAAGGAGACAAAGGACACGAAAGAAAGUAAAGAUACCAAAGAAGCAAGGAGCUCUACCCCAGCAGGUAAAGACAAAGACAAUAAACUGCCGGCGAAUGACUGUGCAGUGCUGCUACACAGGCUGCUUCUGGAAAUGGAUCCCUCCGGGGAUGGUCAGGCAGUGGCGGGAUUCGAACUAUUCCGACUCUCUACCAGCUUCGAAGAGUUUUGGGACGUUUUGCAGUCCAUGCUCUUGAUAGAUGCCUUACUCGCAGAGCCCAAGCUCCAGAGCCGAUUUGGAGACACGGGCACCCCAGUGAUGACUCUGGAAAAGUGGAGCUGGUUCCUGGUUCAGGUUCAGAAUGAAGAGCGAGCUGUUGUUGAAGCUGCUGCCUCCCAGCUGAAGGCAAUGGAGGAACCCUACGUUGACUCGGGGCAGCUCACCAUUGCUGGGCUGUCCGUGAACCUUUGCGUGCAAAAGAACAGUGCGAUUCGCCCUGACCUUUGCGAGAAGUCCUGUGAGAUGGACAGACCCAUCAGCGACUAUUGGAUUUCCACGGCUCACCACGUGAUCCUGGAGACCGUGGAGGCCGACGUUCCACAUCCGCCCAGCUCUCCAGUCGCCGAGGAAGGCAAUAUGCUGGAACCUUUCUUGCAGCUCUUGCAAGAUGGCUGUCGCUGUUUCAGCCUGGCUUUGGUGGAGAGCACAGAGCUGCAGGACAAGACAAAGUUGCAGGUUGUGCUGCAAAAGAAACGGGUUUCUUUUGCUGAUGUGCUUGAGCUGCUGGCGGCAGUUGGCUUCCGGAUGUCAGAGUAUCCCAUUUUGCUUGUCCUUUCUUUGCACCAAUUGGUGUCACCAACACAACGCGGCGAGGUUGCAGAACUGGUUUACGAUAAGCUUGGAGAGCGCUUGUGGAGGAGCAGCAGAGACUUGCCAUCUCCGGAAGAAGCCAAAAACCACAUAGUGGUGGUUCUGGCGCCAAAUUGUGAUGUUGAUCCUGGCCUGGAGUCGCCAACAGCCCAAAGAGGUGGUGUCAACUCAACUGUGGAAGAGAGUGAAGUAAUGGAGGCCUGGCAGGAGGCUGCCAAGAACUUUACAGUGUGGUGUGGUCAGGUCUUUGAUCGGACCUUUGCACAGAAAUUGCCGGGAGAGAAUUCCGUUGGGUUCUUGCCAUCGGAUGAGCUUCGAAGCCUUGCUGAAUUCAAACAGCAAAGUAUGCUGGAGUACCACAGGCAGUAUCUUUCUUUGAGCUUCCCUGUCGCUCCACGGCAAGCUCCAGUGAAUUACAAUCCUGCUGCAGCAUGGUCCUGUGGUGUUCAAAUGGCGGCGCUGACGCUGGGAUGCGGAGGGUCUGGUUGUGAUGGCGCCGUCCUUGCGCACACGGGGCUCUUUUCACUCAAUGGAGGUUGCGGAUAUGUGCUGAAACCGGCCUUUCUACGGAACAGCUCAGGUGCCCAGGCAGCUGCUCAACCCAAGCCGAUCUACUUGGAGGUUCGGCUGGUAGCAGCCAGGGCUGUUCCAGGGAUUGAUGCUCCCCUUCCAAAGGGUCCUGUGGUGCUGAGUGCCAGCAUUUGGGGUGCUCCUACAGAUUGCGCUCGCCAGGACUACCAUCCAGUCAAAGCAACUGGCUUGGUUAUUUGUUGGCCAGAUGCCGCAGGAUUAGGUUUCAACGUGGCAUCCCCACAUGCAGCAAUCCUGGUGGUUGAGCUCUUCGAGCUGGACCAGAAAGGAGGGUAUCGUCGUGUUGCUUUCUCAGCAGCUGCAGUGCAUGGAUUGCGGCAGGGUUUGAGAUGGCUACCUUUGCUGUCACCGCGAGGUGGCAGACGGGCCACAAGCCAUGGAGCUCUUUCUGGCAUGUUGGCGCACAUUACACUGGUCGAAGGAGGGAGACGGGCAUCCUUACAGCGAGCGACGCCACUGGGCCUUCAGUGACGAUUGGGUUUGAAUUUGGCCACGUAGAAUCCUCGACCCUGGCAAACGUCAGGGGCAUUGAUUGGGAUUGCUACGGUAAAUUCGACGUCCGUACCUCUUUGUACAGCUGUUGCGUCCGUACAGACAUGAUCACGACAACGAGGACGUCGGCACGCUGCUAUCAGCAUGUGGCUUGCACAUUGCUGC